UGAUUUUCAGUCAUCCAGUCAUAGAAUUGUCAUCACUAAAUUAUCUUUUACGUCCACUGUUACCUGUUUCACCGGAUGAUAAAGACCAGACAGUCUCUCGCGUCGACGUUAUGCAUUUCCUCUUCACGAGUCACACAACUGAAACAAAUUAAGUAGAGAUCUAUGCACGAUCUGGUAAUCAUCUGUUUCACAGCACACGUUGUGACAAGAUGACUACUGUCGGCAUCCGUCUCUCUGUCGGACAACUUGCCGUUUACAUGAUGCUUAUUGGAUUCGACAAUAUGGACCAAAUACAAGCUUUCGACGCAAACAGUGGCUUAUGUGUUAAAGCAAAGUAUACCACCGCUGAGAACGACUGCAAAGAUAGAAGCAAUGGAAUAUUCAAUAUUUCGGACUUUGCAACAUCAGAAGGCGGACGACAGGCUCAAGAUGUCGUAGCUAACCUCACAGAAAUUUGGAUACGAGGAAACAAGGACGGGCUCUGCUUAACUUAUUUUGAGGAACGUGGGGCUACAAAUGGAUCUGCCUUAAAUUCGACAAACACGACAACCCCUUACAAAUUCCAAAACGCCAGCUGUGAUGAUCUGCAUUACUACGUCUGUAAGAGGAGUGCUAGUAAACCUAAAAAUGGUUCAAAGUUCCCAUAUGAUGUCACUUGUCCUGAGAGUCAGCUGACAUCUUAUCAAAGGCCUACAAUUGGGUUUAAGAGUCCGUUGAUUAUUUCCAUGGUGUGCAUCUUCGUUGUACUUGUCAUUGGCAUCAUUGCAGUGUAUCUCAUCGUCAAAAGGGAGAAGAAUGGAAAAACGAAUGGGACACCGUCGCAAGCAGGUGAUGCUCUAUACAUGAGAAGUAACCCUGCAGAUAACAGGGAGUCUGGUCUCCACACAGAAGGUAAUGAAGCUGGCAACCACGACAGCCUCACAUCAGUUCAGGCCCAAGGUCCUCUAGGUGCUGAGGACGAGGGUGUGGACGUCGUUGUAGUACAGUGUGAAGACCCUAGAGAAGCGGACGACCUUCAUGACAACCCUUUAUACGUCCCUUACUGACCUGCAAACUAGGGACGCGUGUAUGCCUGACGGCUAUACAGUGUAAACCACACUGAGUCGGAAUGCUACCAGACAGGUAUACAUAAUCUAACACACAGAAAUAACAGUUGAGGGGAUUCAUACUAUUCAUGUACGUGUGAUUUUGCAAAAGAUCAACAUUGUGCGUUCAACAACGAACAGGGUAAACGUUGUGUUGCUUUUACAUAACGCUAUUUUAUGUCAAAAGAUCAACAUUGUGCGUUCAUACAAUCUUGUAUACUUGUUCACUUGUUAAAUAUAAUAUAUACAAAACUAUGAAUACUUGACAACGCAGUAGUAGUCAGUAACUUCCAAUCAUUAAUGAUUUACAAUCAUUAUUAGUGUGUUUUUCACUCAUGGCGUUAAGUUUAUGUAAUGGUGGUUUACAGUAAGAUAUAUGUUUUUGUCAAGAAGGAUUCUGAAAGUAAACAUUGUUAAAUUUCUGGUUAAUGUUGCCGAUCACUUCAUUCACGAGAAUUCGUAUAUGUUUAACUAAAUAAUUAUUCUUCUGGUCGAAGCAACAACAGCGGACAGGGUAAACGUUGGUUUGCUCUCACAUAACGCCAUUUUCUGUCAGUGUGGUAUCCUUCUGAAGAUUUCAUCUGUUACGGAAUCCAAAAUUUUAAGAGUUGGAUUUGGUGCAUAAGUGAAGGAAUUCCCAGUACAUUAAAUAUAUUGACUAUUUAAACGAGAACUAUAGUUGUGCACUUCCGCGUUAUUGUUAAUUUAAUUAUAGUAGGUUUUUUUUUACACAAAAACCGAAUAAGUUAUAGAACAUCCGACAAAACAGGAUAUUAGAUACUGACAGAAUACACCAUGUAUAUAUGUACAUAUGAUUCUCUUAAAAUUAGAAUGUAUAUUUACAUUUGUAUACAUGUUUACCCCUUGAACUGUUUUAUGAUAAUUGUUGACAUGUGUAUUUUGCUGUAGUUUGAUGCUGCUUUGCGUUUUGUUGGGCUGUGUGAUAUCCCUGCAGUUAUCUUUGUGUCUCAAUAAUUUGAAUGCUAUGGAAAUAUGGUGAUUGUACUUAUUCCUUCUUAUGUAUAUAAUUAUAAUAUACGCCGGCUGUAUUGAGGAUAUCUAACAUAACAGCCUAACGUAAACCUGGCCUGUACAGUCAAUCAGUAGAUAUUGAGUUGAUACAGAAUGUGUCACUAUGUUGUACAAUGGCACACAUUCUUUUUUUUCUCUCAACUGGGAAACAUAUAUUUUUGUUGUUCUAAAUAAUAAACAUACGUUCAAACACGAUCCGGGGCGGCCGGGUAACCUAGUGGUUAAAGCGUUCGCUCGUCACGCCGAAGACCCGGGUUCGAUUCCCGACAUGGGUACAAUGUGUGAAGCCCAUUUCUGGUGUCCCCCGCCCUGAUAUUGCUGGAAUAUUGCAAAAAGGAGCGUAAAACCAUACUCACUCAAUCAAACACGAACCUGGCGGGUGUGCUGAUCGUGUAAUUAUUCCUGCAGAGAGGAACAGGUGCAUAAUUGAAUCCAAAGGAAUAAUUUGCUUGUUUGGAGGAUGUCACCGGGUCAUUGAAUCUACCCAUGUAACGUUCUUGUGUGGCACCGCUCCUUCACUUACUUUCCGACACCGCUCGGCAACGUACGGCUAUCAGUGUCAUUGCACUCCAAGUUAUGGAAUUAGCGACCCGACUACUUCAUUCUCUGUGACUUAACGGCACUCUACUUACAUGUAUUGACUUAAUGUUUGUUAUCUCCUAUAUGCUCGCUCCCUUAUUCCUGUAUUGAAAAUGGUUUUGUAACUAUGAUUUUCAGACAUUAGGGGAAUUUGUAUGUAUACUCAGAUAUUUAUCAUGCAUUUAUAAUCAUUUUUGCCUCCUCAAUAUGUAUACAUAGCUUGUUGUAAAUCUUUAAUGAUUCCGGUGGAUAGCUUAUGUUCAGCGCUUCAUAUUGAUACUUACAUCUUCAGUAUGGAUAUCGCAGUUAGUUUGCUAUUCGUGUUUUCCCCAUGUUUAGAAACACGCGUUGGCUAAGCACUUCAGAUUACUGUAUUCCCCACCUGUCUUGGAGAGAUUGCCCUCUCUGAAGUCCGCGCGCUGUAUGUAUAAACUUCUUCAAGCUCUUGUGUCUUUACCCCCAGAAUUCGUUAGGCCGUUUUACGGUCGAUUUGCUCUUGGGCGGUUGCUUCGAAACUCAGGUUUUCCGAGCACUGUUGAUCUAGUACUGACUUACUCUGGUUGUAUUGAGCUAAACAUAGUAACUUGUGUUUCCAGUACUCAGUUUUUCUAGUAAUCCGUGGAAAAACUAACCUUCCCGUGAUUGUGAAGCUUCAGUCGAUUCGACUAGUUUGUUAUUCAGACGUUCUCGUCUAUUUUAUAGUCCAAAUGACUUUUUUUAGGGAUAGGCCCUCGUUAUUUCCCGUUAUUUAACCUAGCUAAGGUUAUACCCUCAUUAGAGUUAUGAGAUAAUUAACUCAGGUGUUUAUUGGUCGCAGCCGACUUAAUUGGCUGUCUAAGGAUCUGGUCGGAAUCUUGUCAAAGUGAUGCUUUAUUUACUCUAAUUUUAUUACUGUAAUACAGUUGCUUAGCUAAGCCGCUUGUGUAUUUUCUCUGAUUUUAUUAAUCAGAGAGCUUUGUCAGCGCAGAUUUGUGUAUUUAGUCCUAUUAUUGCCAUCUAUUGGUAAUAUUAGUUGUUAAUAAUAAACCUGUGAACCUCUCA